GAAACCCCACCUAAAAUCGAGGAAGAAACCUAUUGACUUCCUCUCGUCCCCGAGUAACCAAACCAGAGGCGUCUCCACCUUCCUCGAUCCAGCCAUGUCGUCCGCGCCGCCCUCUCACCAAUCCAAACCCUCCCAGCACCGUCGCCAGCACCACAACCCUGGACCGAGGCAGCCGCCGCCGCCGCAGCGCUACGUUCCCAAAUCCGCCUCCCCCGCGGCCCCAAAACCUUCGCCCCCGUCCCAGCCAUCGCUCACCACUGCGCUCCGAUCGUCGACCGCCUCGUCCUCCGCAUCCGGCUCCGGCACCGGCAGGAACACUAGCGGCAGCGUUGGUGGCGGGGAGGCUGAUGGAUUCGUCGCGUACCUGCCGCAUGACGAGGCGGUCGCGGCGGGGCUCGGCGGCCUCGACGCACACGAGUCGCAGGCCGUCGUCGACCUCCUUAACGACGCGCUCGCCGCGCUCCUCCGGGCCAAACCUCGAGAGUUCUGGCGCCAGGUGGCACAGAAUACAUCUUUGCAUGACUUCCUGGAUAGUUACCUACAAUUCAGGCACCGUUGGUAUGAUUUGCCACACCGGGCCCCAAAGGGGGCAGUAGCAGGUUUGGUUGUUGGGGAGCUUGAGCUUUGCCGUCGUGUGUUUAUGGUCCUCUACCGCAUAUCCUCAAACAAGGAUCCUGGAGCAGGUCGUGGCGAGUCCCUUAGUUUGAAGGAGCAUACAGCCCUGCUGCUGGAGAAAAAAUUGCUUGAUCUGCCAAAAUUGUUGGAUAUAUGUGCUAUAUAUGAGCAUGACAACAACAAGUUAACAAGUUCACUGGUUACAAAUGCUAUUAAUGUGCAGCCAAAUGCCCUGGAUGGCAUUAAUAUUGUCAUUCCUGAGUUCCUUGGCAUUUUCCACACGAUGCAUGAUAGGUGCAUGGCAUCCUUACAGGUGCUCACUUCAACCGGAUCAAUUGAUAAUGGAUAUGUUCAACUUUAUAAAGAUUUCUUGGAGGUGUUAGAUUUUAUAAAUGAUGCAAUUGUUACUCUGGAUUCCUUUGUUGGUGCUUAUCAACCUGCUGCUUUAUUGUUCUGUACUAAUUUUGAAAUGAACUAUGGUGUUGAGGAAUUACUGAAUACUCUUUCAAGGUUGUACGAUUCAUUGUUACCAUCAUUGCUUCAGGGUUUUAAAGUUAUGUCCAAGUCCCAGAGCAAUAGAGAGGCAUCACCUGACAGCAUGCUUAGUGACACUGCUCUUGGUAUAAGGAUGUUGUCAAAGAGAACAAUCAAAUUCGGUUGGAGAUUGUUGCACUACUGCUAUUUAAAUGAUCAACUUAAGGAGCACGAUGCUCAAACUUCUACUAAGAUGUUUCCAGCUAAUGUUGAAGACCCUAUGAUCAGGGGAGAUAUCUUGGUUCAAACACUAAAAGAUAUAAAUAGAGAAGCCGCAUACUCUUCUCAACUGAACCAUGGAAGUACUUUCCUCCAAUCACUAGAAAGUGAAUUUCAGUUAAUGAGUCAGAUUGACAACAUUCGGAACAAAGGAUGGAUAUACAUGGAUGAUGAGCAAUUCCAGUUCAUAUCACGUUUGUGUGGAUCUACUCACUCUUGGAAUAGUGUACCUGAUUUGCCAGUCUCUUCUCAUGGUGGUGAAUUACAACAAAAGGAUGAGGAAACUGCGAUGAUUGAGUCCAAGAUUAGUCAGAUAAGGGACCUUUUCCCUGAUUAUGGGAAGGGUUUCCUUGCUGCUUGCCUGGAAGCCUACAACCUGAACCCUGAGGAAGUUAUCCAAAGGAUAUUAGAAGGAACACUUCAUCAAGAUCUUCUAGCUCUGGAUACUUCAUUGGAAGAGAUGCCACAGAAAAAACUCACACCAACUGCUGUGAAAGAUAAAGGAAAGGGCAUAUUAGUGGAGACUGCACCUCAAAUUACAGCGAAACCUUAUAAAGUUGCUGAGGCAUGUUACGUUGUUCAAGAUGGUCCAUCUUCUGCAACUUCAUCAGCAUCCCAGGGCCCUUCUUCUGCAAUUUCAUCAGCAUCACAGGGCCCAUCUUCUGCAGUUUCAUCAGAAUUCCAGGGAUCAUCAACUUCAUCUGUAUCAUCUGUCCCACAAGGUAGAUUACGAGGAAAGCCAAUGAUGAUUUGCCUGACACUAAGAACGCAGUUUUAUGUCAAGGAUGAGAAUUACAGUUAUAAGGUUGCUGGUUCAGUUGCUGUAUCCAGUGCUCGAGAAGCAGCUGUCAUGAGGCAAACUCAAAAAGAUACAAUCUAUGGUCUUGGCCGUGGUGGAAAUGUUCCUUUCGGUGCUCCAAGUAGGCAACAUAUAGAUGUCGAGGAAGAGGAGGUUGAUGCUGCAAACAACUACAGCGGAGGAAUUUCAAAUCCCCGUGGACGAGGAAGAAGGGGGGGUGGCAGGGGUCAAGGCAACCCUCAGGAGAAUGAGAACCCCAGUGGACGAGGCUAUGGCCGCGGUGGUAGAAGAGGGGGCUGGAAUCAAGGCUACCUGGCUGAGGAAAAUGGGAACCCUAAUGGUCAACAAGGAUUUGGCCGUGGUGGUAGAAGAGGGGGCUCAAAUCAGGGCAAUCCAGCUGAGGAAGACGCCAACUCUAAUGGCAGACAAGAAGGUUUUGGCCGUGGUGCAAGACGAGGGGGAAGGAACCAUGACCGUUCAUCAGAGGACAAUGAGGAUCAUGAUCCAGCACAAGGCUUUGCUCGAGGUGGGCCAGCGCCCAGGGGUGGUGGCCCUGGAAGAGGAGGUGGCCGGAAUCAUCACAGGAGAGAUCGGGCCAUGAAGAAGCAUAUGCAAGGAUUGACAGGGCUUUAGCUUCUGGUAGCAUUCAACUUUUGAAGAGAGGAACUGUAAAUGCCUUUUUUUUUGGGCACACAGCCAGAAUUUUGUACUUGUUCCAUUUUGAAUCAUUACGAUGUCUUGAAGACCCUCCAUAGGUGCUCGUCUAUAUUGUCCAAAAAUAGCAUAUGUAAUGAGAUCGCAUAGAGGUGAAUUGUCCUUUAGUACUUUGUUUCGUGCAGUGCUCGGUACUCGUCGUUCCUGUUCA